CUCUAUGGUUUUUGGCUUGGUACAAUUCAUUGGCUUCUUGACCGUGUAGCAAGAUGGAAGGUACUAACAAGAUGGCGGAACCCUUUGAUGAGGAACAGUUCUAUUUCCCAAAUGAUUUUAAAGUUCGGGACAUGCUUGCUGGCAUGAAACAAAGUGCUCGUUCUGAAGAAAUUAAAAAACGAUCAAAGUUGGAUGCUGAGGAUGGGUUGGUGUGUGACGAACAUGAUCAGUUCUAUCGUGAUCAUAAAUUGUUGCUUCAUUUGUUUCGCGUGCUGGCGGUGAUGCCUGUGGAAAGAAAGAAGGGUCGAAUUGUUUUCAGCUGGUUAAGCCCUACCUGCAUCUAUGCUUACGUAUUCUAUGCAUGCCUGACCAUUCAAAUUAUUUUGGUCGGGUCCGAACGGGUGGAAAUUUUGACCGCUAAGAGUAAAAAAUUUGAUGAGUACAUUUACUCCAUCAUUUUCGUAGUUUACCUAGUCCCUCACUUUUGGAUUCCCUAUGGAGGUUGGAGUGUUGCUCGUGAUGUGUGCGUAUACAAAAAUUCCUGGGGUUAUUUCCAACUCGAUUAUUAUAAGAUCACUGGAAAGAGUUUGGAGUUUCCUUACUUAAGUACCCUGAUUGUGAUCAUUAGUUGUGGAAGUCUUAUCUGCGCCAUUGUCUUUAUAUUAACUCUAAGCGCGUUAUUGGAGGGAUUUACUUUGUAUCACACCACUGCGUAUAUUCAUGUGAUCACUAUGAUCAAUAUGAACUGUGCCUUAUGGUAUAUUAAUUGCCGAGCAAUAGGCAAUGCGAGCAAGUCUCUUGCGGACAGUUUCGAAUUGGAUAUAAAGGAUUACUGCGCGGCGCAUAUCAUCAAACACUAUCGUGUUCUGUGGUUACAACUGAGUGAAAUAUUACAGAAAUUGGGCAAUGCUUAUGCCCGAACAUAUUCAGCUAAUUCAUUGUUCAUCAUAACGAAUAUUACAGUCGCGAUUUAUGGUUUUACUUCGGAGAUUGUUGAUGAAGGGUUCCGCUUUACUUUCAAGCAGAUGGGUUUGCUGGUCGAUGCGGGAUAUUGUAGUGUUCUGUUUUAUGUAUUCUGCGAUUGCUCGCACAAUGCCUCUUUGAACAUUGCCAGUCGAGUGCAAAAUUCUUUGAUGGGGAUUGAUUUAUACAAGGUGGAUAAAAAAACUAUUGCGGAGGUAAAUUUAAUAGAUCAAUUGCACUUUGGAACACUUGGGUUAUAUAAACACAUAUUAUUUUUUGUGUUAAAAAUAUUAGGUGGAGCUAUUCCUUGUCGGAAUUCGUAUGAAUCCACCAAAGGUGUCCCUACAGGGCUAUACUAUCGUCAACAGAGAACUAGUUACAUCCAGUUUGGCAACAAUCGCAAUCUAUCUGAUUGUAUUGCUUCAGUUCAAGAUCAGUUUGGUCAAACAAAAUUAAAAUCGCUGUUUUACUCAUUUUAUCUGUUAAUAUGUAUGUAUGCUGAUUUUUUUCUGCAAAAUAAAUAUCUUAGUUUAAUUCCUGUCGAGUGGUGGGAUCGGUUGCUUUGGGUUUGAAGUCAAAAUCGUUGAAAACGCGCACCGUGUAUGGUAUAUUCGCAUACCAAUUAUUGCAAUACGUGGUAAGGUAUGGUUUUACCAACUCAGUUUUGUACUGCCGCCAUUGCCUCUGUCGGACGAACUGAGCGAAUACAGCAUUCGUGGUGGGGAUCCGCUUAGUAAGAAACUGCUUGAUCCUCAACCAAAUUGCAUCACGGCCUAAUAGGAGGUAGCCAGGGAUUUGCAAGCAGGUGACGGGUGUUACCGCGACAACUCGACGAUUCUGCAUCGGCUCACCCAGAGAAAAGCAGGCUUUUUCCCCAAAGACGCAUACCUGAAGCAUUCGAGUUACAAACAUAGAAAAGGAUAGUAAUAAACAAUAAUAUAAACCUG